CUGCAACCCUUCUGCACUCCCACUCCCACCCCCAUCAGGCCAACUAAGCUGGGGUAGAGGGAGGGUAACGUCAUAUGCCCAGGAUUGGGAUGCCAUUUUUUACGUCACUUUGACCUGUCACGUCGAAAUUCGCUUCCAAUCCCAUCACAACCAUAGAAACCGGUUCUUCGAGGGUUCGAGGUCGGGAUACAAUGACACUUAUUGCGUCAGUCAAGCUUCUUCAACAGGUUUCGGACUCGACGCGUAUUAAUCUCAAAAACCAUGCUUGGAACUUUUAGUAUAGAAAAACUUCAACUUAAUUAUUACAUGUCAGCAGCGAAGCAAUAAGCCAUUGUUUAUUUUUUGGAAACCCCAUUGUUCAUUCAGCGAAGUAAAUACUAGCAUACACAACCAUGUCUUCUCCAUCUCAGCAGGACUCGCAGAAGCGAGACGAAUCUCGGGCUCCUCAGUCUCCCGAUCAAGGCCAGAACCAGCAAGAGCAGGGUAACGACAGCAACCCUUUCAACCAGAACCAGAACGAGGGUCAGCAAGAGGAGCAGAACCAGAAUCAGGGCCUGGGACAAGAAGCUCAACAGCAGCAGCCAGGUCAAGAGUCUGAGUCCAAGCCCGAAGAUGCUGAAGACGAGUCUAAGCCCGACACCGAGAACGCAAAGGCUGAGACACCCGGCGACAAGGAGAACAAGCCUGAGCAACCUGGUCAGGACAAGCCCGAUGAGUCCAAGCCAGAGGAAGCUAAGCCCGAGGCCUCAAAGCCUGAAGAGGCCAAGACAGACGACAAGAAGCCCGAGGAAGUAAAGAAAGAGGAGGACGAAGCCGACUCCAAGCCAGAGCAAGCAAAGGCAGAGGCCCAAAAGACCGCCCAAGAGGCCAAGCCCAAGCAGAAGCGCCAGCCCGUCAAGGAGGAGAGCGAGGACGAGGACGACUCUGAAGACGACGACGACGACGACUUUGACUCUGAAGAUGACUCCGAAGAAGACUCGGAGGAAGAUUCCGAAGACGACGAGUCAGAGUCCGAGUCCGAAGAGGAGAACGAGCCCGCCACACCUCCCCAGCAGGCUGAGCCAGGCCGCAAGGGCGGAAGACGCGGAAACGCAAAGGCCGCCGAUGUAAGACGUCGACGCCCUGCAUGGCUCGACGAAGAAUCUGACGAUGAGGGCCGCAAACAGUUUUCGAAGCAAGACCAGCAGUUGCAGCAGCAGCGCCAACAGCAGCAAAUGCAGCAACAGCAACAGCAACAGCAACAACAGCAACAGAUGCAGCAGCAGCAGCAGCAGGGAGGCGGCGGUAAGAGUGACGCCCUCAGCUUGCAUCUCGAGCUUAACCUCGAGAUCGAAAUCGAGCUCAAGGCUAGAAUCCACGGUGAUCUCACGCUGGCACUACUGUAAGUUCUUGACCAUCCCCUCCCCUCUAUGUUGCGGACCCUUGCUAUCUUUUUGUCCGCCUUUCUCAUCUGACAAGUGCAUAGCCAAUAGUGACAUGUAAUUUUGCAGGGAAGGAGCCUAAGUAUAAAAAACUACAAGAAAUGCCUAUUGUUUAAUUCGGCGACGAUGACGACGACGAACGAUGUUUUUUCUCACGUCUUAUAUCUAGCGGCGUUUUUGGGGUCAUGAAGUUUACGACUUCGUUUUGUUUAUGUGUACUCUGUAUAGUAGGAGUAAAUAAAGAGUUGAAAUUGGGUUUUAGCUUGUUACAUGUUUCCCAGAAUUAUGUGAUACGUGACACUCGCGGGUGAGGACAUGAUCUAGUUCUACAGAUCACAUCUCAUUAUUUGUAUGAAGUGUAGUCGGUAAUAGUUCACGUCUCGGUUAUAAGCCACAAGAAGCUAAAGUCUUAGGUCGAUCGUGAUAAGAUCUCAACGGUUUUUCUCGUCGAUAGUGUCGUUGCAAGCGGGAGAUCUACCGCAAGCGAUGAUGGCGAUGAGGCUGAGGCUGGUGAUGAGGCUCGGGUGGCACAAACACGGGAAUGGAACGGACGGAUCCAAGCUUUUAAAAGGGUUUCGGGUUCGUGCUUUUUUGAAGCGAACCAACGGAACGGGAUCUGGUGAUGGAACGGGAGUGAUAAGAUCGUCGUUAUCAUACGGUGACACUCGUACGAGAGGGUAUUACGGGGCCGGCUGAUUUAGGGUAGCUGACCGACGUGAUGUAUUAUUGAUCUCGAGAUGCGAAUACGGAAUCAAUGUUUCAAAGAAUACGGUGUUUAAUUGAGUGAUUUUAUUGGUCUUGUUACACAGUGGUAUUGGAAUGACUACAGUGUUGUAUGUUGUGCUGCAGAACCUCAGAGACAUUUCCGUU